GGGUUAACGGAAAAUUACAUAUUUAGUUUUUGUUUUUGUAAUUUCAUUUGCAAUAUAAAAUGAACCAAGACUAUACGAAUUAAUUAGAUACAUCUCAUAUUUCAUUAAGAUAGCGGGUCCACCGUCAAAUGUAGGAUUACUUCUUUUUAUUUAUGUACAUACCAAAUUUAGUCCGAGUGUUAUAAGUGACUCUUUUUUUUUUGUUAAAAAAUGUGUGAUACAGAGGAAAAUAAAAAAUUGGGAGACGAGCAAAAAUCAGGUGGUUGUUUUGGUGUUCGUUAUAUGCAGUAUAUCUUGUACUUUGCCGCAUUAAAUAUAGCCUAUGGCAUCCGUUCAGUUCUCAGUGUAGGUAUUUAUGCUAUGAUAGCUGAUGAUCCUCCUUCAAAGGAUAUACCAACUUAUCCAGAAUGGGCAAACAUGAAAAACAUAAUGCUUUCGUCAUUCUUCUGGGGAUAUAUUUGUUUUCAAAUAGGUGCUGGCCAACUAGCCAAAAAUUAUGGCCCAAAGUUAUUUCUGGGUGGUACAACUUUGAUAGGAUCUCUUUUCUGCUUACUUAUUCCAUUAUUUGGAAAAUAUUUUGGAUACGGAGGAGUUAUAGCUUGUAGGGUUAUGACCGGGUUGUCACAAGGAUUUAUUUUUCCAUGUGUACAUACCCUUCUUAGUUCUUGGGCACCUGUUCAAGACCGAGCAAAGAUUUCAACUUUUGCCUAUGCCGGUGGCCCCUUGGGUUCUGUGAUAUCAAUGCCAGUAACUGGAUUUAUAUCAAAUUCUAUAGGAUGGCCUGUUGCAUUUUACCUUUAUGGAGGUCUAGGAGCUGCUUGGUCAGUUAUAUGGUUUUUUGUAGGCUCAGAUAGCCCAUCCAAGCAUCCAAAUAUUUCUGAUGAAGAGAGAAAAUAUAUUGAAGCAGGAUUACAGAAUGAUGAUGAUAAAGAGAAUAUACCCACUCCUUGGAAAGCUAUUUUCACAUCAUUACCAUUUUGGGCCAUCUUGGUAACUCACUGUGGUCAAAACUGGGGUUUCUGGACUCUAUUCACUGAAAUACCGUCGUACAUGCAAAAUAUACUUAAUUUUAAUAUUGCUUCGGUAAGUAUUUUAAGUUUUAAAUUGUUUAUUUUUACCAUUAUACGUAUUUUUCAGACUUAUCCAGAAUGGGCAAACAUGAAAAACAUAAUGCUUUCGUCAUUCUUCUGGGGAUAUAUUUGUUUUCAAAUAGGUGCUGGCCAACUAGCCAAAAAUUAUGGCCCAAAGUUAUUUCUUGGUGGUACAACUUUGAUAGGAUCUCUUUUCUGCUUACUUAUUCCAUUAUUUGGAAAAUAUUUUGGAUACGGAGGAGUUAUAGCUUGUAGGGUUAUGACCGGGUUGUCACAAGGAUUUAUUUUUCCAUGUGUACAUACCCUUCUUAGUUCUUGGGCACCUGUUCAAGACCGAGCAAAGAUUUCAACUUUUGCCUAUGCCGGUGGCCCCUUGGGUUCUGUGAUAUCAAUGCCAGUAACUGGAUUUAUAUCAAAUUCUAUAGGGUGGCCUGUUGCAUUUUACCUUUAUGGAGGUCUAGGAGCUGCUUGGUCAGUUAUAUGGUUUUUUGUAGGCUCAGAUAGCCCAUCCAAGCAUCCAAAUAUUUCUGAUGAAGAGAGAAAAUAUAUUGAAGCAGGAUUACAGAAUGAUGAUGAUAAAGAGAAUAUACCCACUCCUUGGAAAGCUAUUUUCACAUCAUUACCAUUUUGGGCCAUCUUGGUAACUCACUGUGGUCAAAACUGGGGUUUCUGGACUCUAUUCACUGAAAUACCGUCGUACAUGCAAAAUAUACUUAAUUUUAAUAUUGCUUCGAAUAGUACACUCUCUGCUUUACCCUAUCUUGUUUUGUGGCUGUUAAGUCUCGUCCUGAGUCCAAUAGCCGAUUAUUUAAUUGUAAAGAACUUCACCACAGGAGCUAGUAGGAAGAUAUUCAAUUCGAUUGGAUUGUAUUGCCCUGCUGUGGCCCUGAUUUCUCUAAGUUUCGUUGAAAACGAUCAAAGAGCGCUUACUAUUGCCAUAUUGGUUCUCGGUGUGGGAUUCAAUGCCGCCAUCUUUUGUGGAUACCACAUAAAUCAUAUCGAUUUAUCUCCGGUGCAUGCCGGAACGCUUAUGGGAAUUACAAAUUGCUUUUCUAAUAUUUUCUCCCUACUCGGACCACUGGCGAUAGACGCUAUUAAAGCUCUUACUGGAUAUGAAGAGACUGAUAAAUCGCUGUGGACAAUAGUAUUUUGCAUAGCAGCAGGAAUAUUUAUGUCCGUUGCAACUUUUUACAAUUUUGCCGCCUCGGGUGAAGUUCAACCAUGGAAUUACAAUGUGGAAAAGAAGGAAAACCGGUCAAAUGAGAAGAUUGUUUAAAUUGAGAAUUAUAAUAAAUGUACAUUUUAGGUUAUUUAUUAAAUUAUUUUUUAUUUAAGUA